GUCCAGCUGGACAGAUGAUUGGUCAGAGAAAAAUGCCCCACCCCCCAGCCAGGCCUCCUGUGAGGGAAGGUCAGUGGAAGGUCUCCUGCCCAGGAAUUGGGGGGAGGCAGCAUCUGUGGUAGGCCUUGACUGUCCUUGGGGUCCCACAGCCGGCCUGGGGGUGGGGCCUGCACUUCUGGGAGGCACCUCUGGGAUUUCUGUCUCUCUGGCUGCACCCGCCUGCCCCCUCUGUCCCCGCACACUCAUUAUGGGCAAGGGCCAGAGCUUUGCAGGGGCCACCGCCAUCCCUGCCCUCCUCUCUCUGUCCCUGCCCGUAGCCUCUCGAGGGGGGCAGCUUGCGUCAAGGCAAGGCGGGGGGUGAGGGGUUCCUAUCUCUGUCCUGCCUAGGUGUGUGACCCUGGGCAGGUCUACCUCGCUGGGCCUCCAUUUCCUACUUUGUCAAAAUGAGACUUGUUCUGUCGUAGUGCUGUCCUAAGAUUAAGAGGAGAAUCAGGGCUAGUGCCUCAGUGAUCAGGAGGAUACAUUCCGCCCCAGGGGGGCACCCACGGGCCUUACCAGCUGCUGGGUGCUCAGCCGUUCCUGCAAGGUCCUCGUCUCCGCUCCCGUGCGGCCUCUUCCGGCGCCUUCUGCGUGUCCACUCGGAUGCCCCCAUCCCUCCCCCCCAUGCCCAGCGCCCUGCGUGCCAGCUUCCUGCAGCAAGAGUUGCCCCCCUUGGGUGCUGGGCUUUCCCAGCAGCUGUCCUGCUCCCCUGCUCCCCUUGAAUGAGAGCUAGGCACCCCCCCGGGGGGGCACAGUGGAGCUGCUCAGGCCGUUGUGAGCAGAAAAUGGGGCCCAGAGACCGGCGGAGGUUGCCCCGCGGCCGCGUAGGCUAUCUAUGGCUGAUUUGGGGGUAGAGCCGGAUCUGACUCUACCACUCAUCAGAGCCCCUAGAUUCGCAUUGCAUCGCACCUGCCUUGGGGUGUUGCUGGGGUAGAGCCGGGGGCUGUCUCCCACACCUGCUCUUUCCACCCUGACUGGCCUGACUUGGGAAACCACUUCUCUGACCGCUGGCCACCGGAAAGGAAAACGUCUGGCAAAGGCUCAUGUCCAGGGUCCCAGGUGUGGAGCUGACCAAGGCAUUUCCUGCCGGUGCAGUGGUGGCCAUCGAGGACCAGGUCUUGGUGCAGAUACCGGGGGCUCUGCCCUUGAUCCCAGGCAGAGGAGAGCCGUGAGGGGCAGGACCUGAUGGCCUGGUACAGAGCCCAGAGUGGGCCUCGAUUCCUGCCACUGCCUGCUCUGUUUACAGACAGGCCGCCGUCCUCCCUAGGCGAGAGGGAAGGGGUGGGGCAGAGAGCAAAUGCCAAGGUGGCACGAGGCUGGGCAUGUGCCUGGUCUCAGACAGCGUCUAAGGAGCGUCACACACCUGGAGGUGUCACUCUGAGGACCUUUGGCCCCACUGGAGCAUCUUAAUCUCUUGAGAAGCUGACUGCUGACUCCAGGCGGUGGCUGGAGUCCAGGGACCCCCCACCCCCACCCUGGGCCCAGAGUCCCCCCGUUGGUGAGCCUUGGCUCUGCUUAUAGCAUCUGACGCCAGAGGGGCUGAAAAUAGCCCCUGGAGGAGGUGGAGGAGGGGGCUAUUUAAAGGGCCUGGGAGGAGCAGAGCUGAGAGCAAGUGAGCACCAAGCAUGGCCACUGCAGAGCUGAGCUGCCAGGUGUCCGAGGAGGACCGCGAGCGGCGAGAAGCCUUCUGGGCUGAAUGGAAGGAUCUGACGCUGUCCACACGGCCUGAGGAGGGUUGCUCUCUGCACGAGGAGGACACCCAGCGGCAUGAGACCUACCACCAGCAGGGCCAGUGCCAGGCGCUGGUGCAGCGCUCCCCCUGGUUGGUGAUGCGUAUGGGUAUCCUCGGCCGCGGGCUGCAGGAGUACCUGCUGCCCUACCAGCGGGUGCUGCCACUGCCCAUCUUCACCCCCGCCAAGAUGGGUGCCACCAAGGAGGAGCGCGAGGACACCCCCAUCCAGCUGCGGGAGCUGCUGGCGCUGGAGACAGCCCUGGGUGGCCAAUGUAUGGACCGCCAAGACAUGGCCGAGAUCACCAAGCAGCUGCCCCCCGUGGUGCCUGUCAGCAAGCCUGGGGCCCUGCGUCGCUCCCUGUCCCGCUCCAUGUCCCAGGAAGCACAGAGAGGCUGAGAGGGAUGGUGACUUGGGCUCCACCGCGCCUGCCGUGGGCUGGGCCCUUCCUGGUUAGGACCAUGGAAGGGAGCUGCUGGCCAUGGAUGCUUUGUAGUUUGCCCAGAGUUGGGGGCUAGGGGAGGAGGGAGCCAGAGGCCAGGAUGCCUGGGUCCCCUGAGUUCCCAAAGGGAGGGGAGCAAAGACGGUGGGCACUAAGGGUAGAGAGCUGGGGGCCAGCAUAGCCAAGCACCCCUGGCCCGAGGAUAAGGGACAAAAGAUGCUGGUGAGGACAGAGGUCCCUGAGGGGAGUGACCCUGGUCCAGGCUCCAGCUGCAGAGAAGGGUGAGGAAAAGUGUAAGGGGAUCUGGAAUGCUCUAGGAAGGAGGCUUGGAGGAGACUGGAGUGAGGGGGACGUGAAGAGGGCAGAGGCAGGGUGGAGCCCCCAGCAUCCUCUGUUAGCGCUGCAAUAAACGCUCAAUCAUGUUCCAGA